AGCGGCGUCGCGUAGUUUACUCCCAACAUGGUGACGAACACGUUGGGUCACGCUCACAGGUGAGUGUUGCACAGGCUCGCGCGUGACUCAGCCAAUCAGCGCGGGACUGUUUGUUCCCAAUUCACAACUUUCAAAACAUUUACGCGUGGAGCCGUGGGCUGAGUCCGGUGACAUCACCCUCAGUCAUAAAGACGCGCGCCAGCCCCGAAACCAAAGAAACUAAAGACAGCCCGGCGCAGACCCGCAGAGGCGGCUUCCAGCGACCCGGACCCCGCACGCGCGCUCCUCUCAUGGACAAACGCCCCUCCGAAGACAUGAAGAAGCCGAACGCGCUCUGCUGCAGCAUAAAGCUGUUUGUCCUGUGCCACGGCCUCCUGCAGUUCUCCCAGCUGCUCUACAGCGCCUACUUCAAGAGCAUCAUCACCACAAUCGAGAGACGCUACGGCCUCAGCAGCUACUCCUCAGGAACCAUUUCCUCACUCAACGAGGUCAGUAACAGUCUGCUGAUCGUGUUCGUCAGCUACUUUGGGAACCGGGUUCACCGUCCUCGCCUCAUUGGGAUCGGAGGACUGCUGAUGGCCGUCAGCGCCAUCAUCCUGACCUUACCUCACUUCGUCUCCCAGCCCUACGAAUACGACUCCGUUCUACACAAUCGCCACGACAUCUGCAACCUGCAGGGCAACGCCAGCGACCCUGCGUGCGGCCGGGACGAGACGCGGCGCCUGGCCGACACGAACAACCAGUGGCUGCUCAUGGCCAGCGCUCAGCUGCUCUUCGGCAUCGGCUCGGUGCCCAUCCAGCCGUUUGGGAUUUCAUACAUAGACGAUUUCGCUGGACCUGCCAACUCCCCUCUUUACAUAGCCAUCCUGUUUGCAGUAUCUGUUUUCGGGCCCGCUAUUGGCUACCUGCUGGGCUCUGUCGUGCUGCGGAUCUACGUGGACGUGGACAAAACUGGUUUAGGAGCUGAACAGGAGCUGAGACACGGUGACCCCCGCUGGGUGGGGGCCUGGUGGAUGGGCCUGCUCAUCACCACCGGCUGCCUGGUUCUCACCUCCAUCCCCUACUUCUUCUUCCCCCGUAGAAUGCCUGUAGAAGACGAAGCGACCGGAAGUGAGACCGACAUGAGCGAUGACUUCAAGAAGCCGGAUAUCUCUUUACUUGAGUUCCUGAAGAUGUUUCCCAGGAUGUUUGUCCACCUGCUGCUGAGCCCUCUCUUCCUGAUGCUGGUCCUGGCCCAGUGCUGCUUCUCCUCGGUGAUCGCAGGUCUCUCUACGUUCCUGAACAAGUUUCUGGAGCGACAGUACAGCGCUUCGGCCGCCUACGGCAGCCUGCUAGUAGGUGCUGUGAACCUGCCAGCAGUAGCGGUGGGGAUGCUGAUGGGCGGAGUCAUCAUGAAGAAGGCGGGCCUCUCUCUGAAAACCAUCCCACGCUUCUCCGUGGUCAUGCUGACCACCUCCACCCUCCUCUGCGUCCCUCUCUUCUUCAUGGGCUGUCCCACACAGAAAGUCUCCGAGGUCAAUCAUUACCAGAUCGGGCAGUACGGGUCUCUGUCCUUGUGCUACUCAAACUGCUCGUGUCCUGCCAGCGCCUUCAACCCAGUGUGCGGCUCUGACGGUGUUGAGUAUAUUUCCCCUUGUCAUGCUGGCUGCACCAACUUCACCAAAGACCCCAACAACACCCACAGGGUUCAGCUGUAUACCAACUGCAGGUGUAUAUCUGGGAGCCAGAGUCACGCUCGCCCGGCGCCAUGUCCGAACAGCUGCCCACAUUUUCUUCUCCCCGUCAUACUCGUCAUCUCUCUGGCAUCGCUGAUCGCCUGCCUCACUCACAACCCCAUGUACAUGAUGGUGCUCAGAUCUGUUCCCUCUGAGGAGAAGUCGUUUGCUAUAGGAAUUCAAUUUUUACUCAUGAGAUUAUUAGCCUGGCUUCCUGCCCCUGCUCUCUUCGGGAUGGCCAUCGAUACGUCGUGCGUCUGGUGGAAGCACGUGUGCGGGAAGAAGUUUAGCUGCGGUUACUAUGACAACAACAUGUUGAGGAACAGGUAUUUGGGCUUACAGGUGGGUUAUAAGGUCAUGGGCGUCAUCCUACUGAUGAUGCUGGGGUGGAAGGUGAAGCGGACCCAGGAGUACAGUCUGGAGAAGAGGCCCGAAGGACUACUGUGACCCUGCCGCAUCACUGUUGAGCCAAGCAUCUCUGUUUCUGCUGUGGCGUUCAGCAUUUUGAGGUGUGCCGAGCGAAGCUGUGUCAGUGGGAGAAAACCACAGCCAAGAAAAGACGACACUGACCUCAGUUUCUGGAGGCCCACUUCCCUACCUGGUGCUUCACUGGCUGGAGUUAAGAUAAGAAUUUUCCAAAAGGGAAAAAUUUAAGAUGUUUCUGAAUGCUUUAAAGCUUGGAAUUAUCGAUCCACUCAUUCUUGUGUGGCACGACAUGUUCCAUGCAUCUGAGACAGUGAUUAGAGUUCAAACAGCAGAUAAAUAUCUUUGUGUAUUACUUGUUCCUAUAAGGUCGAAAUCUAUUCAGGCUUCUAUUUCCAGUGGGAACAUAUUCUGUAACUAAUUAACUGUAUUAGCUUAAUAUUUAAGUUUAUUUUUAUAGAUGUUUGUCUCAUACACAGAGACAUCUGUGAUUAACUGCAGUAUUCGUUUCAUAUAUGAUCACAUAUUAACGCUCAAUUUAAUUGCAAGCUAAUGACUUUUCAGAUAUCAAGUACAUAAAUUCAAUUAACCACACAUAUUAUGCUAUCUACUGGUGUGGUUAUGUGGUCGUUAUUGUGGAGUGCGUAAAUGUGUAAGCGUUACUAGCUAAUAAAAAAAAUAUACAUUACCAUGAAUCAAAUCAGCAUGGAGUAAUUUAUUCACUUAAUUUAUGUCCUGACGGCUGGACGGCCAACACAGCAAAGUCAGCAGCUCUAAAUGCCUCAGCUUUACUGCACGUCAGUUGGUUAUGGUACUUUAAUUAAUUUUAAGUUUGCACAGUAAAGUACAAUAUCAGCUAAAGGUGGUUCCUGCAUUUUGAGAUAACAUUGUGACCAUAACUCCUCGAGGGAGACACAAUGCAUAGAGGACAGAAAGCGGGGUUGGGGGAGUCAACAGUGGCCCAAUUGAAAUUACAGUAUUAGUAAGUCUUACAUAACUCACAAGGUAAACAACAUAGUGACACUCAGAGAAGUGGAUGAGAAAAGAAGAAAAACUACGUAUAUGUGUACCACUGUGUAUAUUGUCAUGUAUUGGUAUGGCAGGGUGGCUUGUAGGAAUUACAUCAAUAGGUAUUGAAUAUAAUAUCAGGAAUCACGUAGGUAUACAUGUACAGGUAUGGAAAAUAUAGUCAGAUACAUACCUGUAUAAUACAUACUGUACCUGCACAGAGCAUUCAUAUAAAUAUAAGUGAUUAAAUAUUGCACUUAUAUUAUUUUAUAUAUUUAUAUUAAAUAUAUGCUGAUAUUUGCUUAUAUACUCUGAUAUGUAUGUACAUAUG